ACAUACAUAUGUAGCUACACAACACACACAAAUACGAAUUAUUAUCGCACAACGUAUUAAAUUCGGGAAUAAAUAAAAGAAGUCGGGUCGUCUUUGCCGGUUUAAUAACGGUUGAUGGUUUCAAGUGGUUAAGUUUGUGAAUACUUACUCGUAACAAUGCAUUGGACUUGAAAACUGAGGACUAACAAGUCGAGACAGUUACACUUGCAUACAUGUUAUACAUAUGUAUGUAUGCGCACAUGCCUAUGUAUAAAAUACAUAAGUACAUACCUACCCCUUAAAGUGGACAGUAACAAUAACUAUAACAGAAUAUGCUGAGAUUGGUUAAGUGAUUGUGGCUGCUGAUUGUUAAACUUGGAUAAGAAUUUGAUAUUUGAAAAUGAGCUACCAUCGAAUGAAGAAUCAAAAGUUCGGUUCUAAACCUCUUUCAAAAAUCGACAUAAAGAAUUAAGAAAUGGUGUUUUAUCAAUUUUUGAAAUUCAAACUCCAACUCCAACUCUUAUAAGGUCAACGGACCGGACUCGCAGCCGGCAAAAGGCAGAGGGCAAAAAAGAAAAUAUAUGUACAUACAUAUAUAGUUUGUGUAUGGGUCAGAGAUGACAUCCUCACCCCUUAACAUAUAUUGGAUAACUAUCGGAUACAAUGUUUACAAAUUGAUAGGUACGGAAUGUGAAUGUAUGAAUACAUCACAAUUUGCAUCUAAAGACAAUAAUACUAUGGAUUCGAUUGAAGCAGCUACAAAGUUAUCCAAAGAUCAAAGAGUUCAACAAUUAGCCAAACUGUAUGGCUGUUCGACAACCAUCGAUCGUGUGAUGUCCAACGAUGACUCUGAUUCGGACACCGAUUUCCCAAGUUCAUCUGCGAAAAUUCCUUUCCAUAACGCGUGCUGCCAUUGCAGUAAACCCAGACGAAUACAGAUAAAAUCCAGGGACUGGCGUUACCGUUUCCUACUCGCCCGAUAUGCGACUACAGUUCUAUUCUCGAUGAUCAUUCUCUUGGCAUCUGCCCAGGAGGUAAACAACAAUAAAAAAGCAUCGAGAGGAGCUGCCCUUACACUGAACGAAAGCAGUCCUUUGAGUUCGUCGUCGAGUUCGUCGUCUCACGCAACCGUUCCUAAUGAAAACAGAAUUGGAUUAGAACCCGAUUCCGAGCCCGAGCAGGCGCCGGAAAGCGCUAACCAAACGCUCGGCACCACAACUAUUCCAAACAAAGCUCCGAGCCGACGAACCAACAAGGGCCUAGAAAUGCCAGCCGGUCUGCUUUCUUCUGGGGGGAAGCAAGGCUUUAGCAUGAUCAGGAAUAGUUUGAUAGGCGGGGACACUGUUCUGCAGCGUCAAUUAAGGGAGAAGGCCAAACAGGAUAGUUUGGAAUCAAUUAAGAUGCACAUUCUGAUGCGUUUGAAUUUGAAAAAACUACCGAAUAUAACAAAGCCAGUUUCGGUACCACAAACUAUAUUGGAAAAAUUCUAUAAAAACUACAACGCAUCGCUUUCAAGUUCGUUUCGGGAUCAUAACAAUAAACCAGAUUCAGCAAGUACUUCCCGAACGGGUCUAUAUGUGCCUGAGGAAAUUGUGUCGGAUUCUUCGGAGACUACAUCAAAUGUUACGAAAAACAUUUUCAAUUCGCAAUAUACAUCAGCAAUGCAAUAUACAUCCAACCAGAACCAGAACUCGUCCCCAGAAAUGCAGUCUGAUGAUCCCAAUAAUUUUAAGGAAUUCCAAUUUAUUUACAAUCUGGGAUUUGAUAAUCAUCAAAAUCAUAAAUCCACUGACUCCAGAAGCAACGAUGACGAUGAUAAUUCUGAUGAUAAUGAUGAUGUUGAAUAUGAAAGCAUUCUUUCUCACAUAAGCAGCAUUUAUGUAUUUCCAGAACAGCCUCACGUGCGACAUAACCGCAAAUCAGAUCUUCUUCGUUUCAAGUUCAGUACUGGAUACUCGGACAUAUCUCACGUAACACUUCACCUAUAUUUGCGAGGCUUAGAAUGGAUAAGUGCCCAUCAGCCGAAGAUAAUUGAAGAGAUUGCCGAUUAUCAUAACAAGGACAUUGUCGUGGCUCUGCAUCGGGCCAUACGUCGGUCAAAUAGCACGAGUUAUACACACAAGGCUAAAAUAUUUGAGUUCCGUCACAAAAUUCCAUCGGGACUCGGUCAAUGGGUAAACGUGGAUCUCAAGCCCCUGUUCGGCACAGAAUAUACAAUGGGCAGGAGUCCAACGCAACUCCAAGAAAUUUUCAUAAAAGGCGUCGAGCCCUGGAUGAGGCCUUUGGUGGUAACGACAGACAGUACUUCAAAGAACCCAUUGACAGUUCACAUUGAAAUAGGCUCCCGGAAAAAGCAUCGACGAAAACGGAGCGUUUACUUGGAUUGCAUUGAGAGCGAUCACGAGUUGCGCUGUUGUCGAUAUCCUCUAAAGGUCAACUUCACCAGCUUCGGAUGGCAUUUUGUGGUGGCGCCCGAUUCGUUUGAUGCUUACUUUUGCAGUGGCGAGUGCAGAGUUGGGUAUUUGGAGCAAUAUCCUCAUACCCAUUUGGCCGCUUUGACAACAUCGGCGACACCGUGUUGUUCGCCAACCAAAAUGAGUUCCUUAAGCUUAUUGUAUUUUGAUGAGAGCCAUCACCUGGUGUUGAGUGUUAUACCAAAUAUGUCCGUUGAGGGAUGCAGCUGUUCCAUUAUCAAAAUGUGCUCAAAUAACUGUGUUGGUCUUUUUGAGUGCGAUUAUGUUGUACUGAAGCUAAAUGGCAGCGAUAUUACAUCCUUGUCAAGUUAUGAAGCGGUUCAAAUGUUCCUUCAAGCUAAAGAAACCUUAGUAGUUGAAUUAUGCCGAAAGAAAAAUCCAAUUAGUCCGUCGAACUUGAACGACGACACCAAUUCUACGAUAGAUGGCGUUCAGGAGGCGAAUGAAAUCUGUGCAAAAACAAAAAGUGUUCAAAUAUCAGAUGCCAGCGAAACCAGUAACUCCUAUAUUUUGCCACCGUCAGCUAAAAAUCAAAUCAUAUUAACCUUGCGUACAUUUCGAAAUAUUGAGCAUACCGAGCAGCCCCCCACUGUUGCUGAGCCCUUGGCAGUAUCAAAGGAGACACAAACGUGUGAAACCUUUGCUGAAGUAAAUAAAACUAAUAAAAGGAUUAUAGUGGGGCAUCAGAAUGAAGAUAUUGUCCAAACUAUCGAUCAUUUUAUCGAGCAAGAGCAUCAUCUCUUUGAGCAGUGUUUGGAACCAGAUAUCGACAUCGAGGAAGUAACGCUCGUUAAGAGAGACUUAACUAAUGAUCAAAUAGGACUCAGUGUUUCCUGCAACGGCUACUAUAGUAACAGAGAUAACGAACAAUGUAUUGUUAAGCCUGUGAUAUUCAACGAAAACAUUAACACAGACUUGAAGGCACCAACAGAUGAUGUGGAUUCCUGUGAGAAUGUUUUCAUAAGUGAUAUUCAAUCAGAGAGUGUUGCCGGUAGGGAUGGUCGGCUGCGGCGUGGUGAUCAAAUUCUUCGCAUCAACGGCAUGGACAUCAAAAGUAAAAAACACGCUGAAACACAAAUGGCCGAGAAUAAUAUGUCUGUUACGUUGCUUGUCAGUCGACUCUUAUAUCCCCUGUUCUUACAUAUAAUAAAGGACGACGACGACGACGAUGACGACGAGGAUGAGGAUGAUGACGAAGACGAAGAUAUGGAUAGUAACUUCGAAUAUGCUAACAGCUUCCUUUCUGAUUACACAAAUGUCGUUGACAAAUUAGACAAAGUUCUUUUAUCACAACGGCAGUCAAUAAAUGCCAUUAAUAAUCUAAUAACUGGGCCAUCUACAAAAUUACCGAUUAAAUUACCAGCAGCUGCCAAUGGUUCGGAAGCAAAUAUAGAAAUUAGUAAAAGUAGGAGUCAAACACAGGCUACUUCCACGGACAAGAGCUUCAUUGAGAAGCCGCGAAUGGCGAGUCACCCACAGUUUGAGUUAGAUAGCAAUGCGAGCCAAGAUGUAGCAUUGAAACAAUUAGUAGAUGAAAGCCUGCCAAAUUCAACAAAAAGUGCCACUAUCACGAAGCCUAAACAAUACGAUUAUGACGACUGCGAGCAUAUUUAUGAAACUAUACCCGAGGAUUCCGAAACUGAGCCACUUUACUGCUCACCAUAUCAAAGCUCAAACUAUAUGACCGCAAUGGGAUCUUGCUCAUCACCAAUGAUGCCCGAAGCAGAUGUUUUAGAAAUGCAGCAGCAAACACAACGAGUUGCCCAAUGGUUGGGUAUUAAGUCGCAGAUCAGUCCAAGAUCAGUACACACCCUGGCUGGCCGUCCAAACUUGUACCAUAAACAGCAGCAGCAUCGAAUAUCAAAUCGUGUAUAUACACUGCGCAGUGCUAUUACAAAUACGAGUGGAUCAAGCAGUAGUGGGGCUGGAUAUAGUGCAUGCGGCCAUAAUAAUAUUGAAAACGAGAAUAAAAGCAUGAAUCAAGAAGAGGUUGACAACUCUUCAAGUGCCUAUAAUACAGGUGGCUCCAAUAACAGUGCUUCCCCUCGCCAAAAUGCCUCAAAUCUAGACAAUGAAACUAUUGCUUCCACUGUUGCCAACAAUCCAAUAAUCGCCGCUAGCUCCUAUCAAUGCAAUACGCAACCCAUUUUAAUGCAAUCACAGUUAUCAAAAGAAGCUGUAUUAAAAACGCCCGUAACUAACAUGCUGCCAUUCGGAAAGACUGGUCGCAUAUUGAGUUCCAAUCCCACCCAAUAUAGUGGUCCUGGCGAAAACACCACUCUAAACAAAACAUCUACAGACGAGAUAAACACUUUCGCAAUCAACGCAUCAGCAGCAGCGCCAGCAAAAACGGACUCUAAAAUAAUGCGAGCCAAGCCCAACCCAACAGAACAGCAAGAACAGCAAGGCCACUGCCCUCAAUUCAAUGCGCCCAAUUUGAGCCGUUAUCACUUUGUUAGCAGUCAAGAGGUCGCCAAUAAGGCAGUUGCAGUACCAAAACCAAGUUCUAUUCUUGUCACAACGGAAAAUGCUUCAGAGGAGAUUCCUAUGGUAUGGAAAGUAAAACGACGUCCAGAUGGAACUCGGUAUAUUGUAAAGCGACCAGUGCGUAAUAACGUCAGCAUGGGAAUUCGGAAAAGCAUUCGCAACAAUGAAAUAACAACAGAGGAUGAUACAAUAUCAGAGGUUAAGAUCGGACGUUACUGGACUAAGGAAGAACGCAAACGACAUAUAGAACGAGCACGUGAACGGCGGCAUAAUCAACAAUUGCUUCAUCAACAACAGUUUCCAGCACAAUAACUAUUAGCUUUAGCUUUACAAAACCUUCAACCUGUAGAAUAAAUUUACUUUAUAUUAUGCUAUAUGUAUACGUAUCCAAAAUGCCAGGUUUCAAAAUCGUCAAUAUAAUAUAGUAACAACUAAAGAUCUGACAGACUGCAGCUUGGAUGCGAUAUAAAAUGUAUUAUAAGUAUGCAUAAGUAGAUUAUUGAAAUUAAACCAAAAAUCCAAAUAAUAAAACAGUUGUAAAGCAUGAUGUACAUGACUUUUCAAAAGUCAUCGAGUCAAAAUCAAAAUAAUAUGACAAACUGCAAACAUUAAUAUAUACGAGGGCGUUCAAUAUAAACACUAUUCUCCUACAUUUGUAUGUGUGUUAAUUGAUUUAUUAGUCACUACAGUAAAAUAUGUUGACAGUAAACUAGUUCUUAGACAUACAUAUAUAAAAUCUUCUCAAGUGUUGAAGUAAUUAUUAAAGAGCGCUUCAUUUUAAUUGUAUUACAAACAAUUUAAACUUAACAAACCGAUUCCUUUUAACAUCAUUAGCGAUUAUUGUAAUGUACAUAAUAAUAUAAUAUUAUAUAUCUGAUAAUUCUUAAAAUAGAAUUUUUGUAUAGUCCUUUUUAGAUAUAUGGCUAUUUGUUAUACCCUUGCAGAGAGUAUUAAAAUUGCAUUACGAAAUAAAGAGAGCGAUAACGUCGUA